CUACAUGUACACUGAUCUAUCGUAUGCUACCUAUACGUACAAUACAUGCAAGCGUGUUGUGUUCACUGCAUUGUUGUGCAUGGAGGUCUUCGAGUGAUCCAGAUCAGGCGCAGCGUCGAGUGGGCCUAUCCCAAUUUUAGCUGGACUAAUCCUCCGUACUACUCGUCGAGUUAUGACUAGCAGCAUAUUGGAAUAUUAUCGACGAACGUGAAACGAAGAAUAUACGCCUACACUAGAAAGGUGUCGGCAUCUACUUAUUUUGAAAUCCUAACAAGUCGCAACCGUCUCUUUGCUCGUGCUGUGAUUUGGCUAAAAUGGUAUCGGCCGGACUUCAGCAACCCGUGACGGUGAAUUACGACCAGGACAGAUGGGGAUGGCUCAUGGUGGCCGCAGCGUUCGUCAAUGCGUUCGUCAUCAUGGGUCAGCUCAAAGCACUAGGUGUACUCCUCAUACCGAUGACCAACGACCUCGACAGUGAACUGUGGCUUGUUGGCUGGGUGGCAGUUCUGUAUAGCAUGACACAGAAUUGUUUCGCACCUGUCGUAGGAGCACUCUCUCGUCUACUAGGCGCACGCCCCAUGAUCGUCAUGGGUGGAGUUCUGUAUACUUUGGGCUUGAUUCUGGCAUCGAUAUCACCUUCAGUUCCGCUGUUGGCAGUUUUCGUUAUUGGACUAUCAGGUUUUGGUGCUGCGUUCAAUUGGUUCAUUGGUUUUGCUGUAAUGGCUUCUUACUUCAAGGAGAAAUAUCCGUUAGCUAUUGGACUGUCAACGAUGGGUGUUCCCCUUGGUAUAAUGGCUUAUGGGCCCGUAACCCAGGUUCUUCUCAACACCUACGGCUGGAGAGGAACCAUGCUUUUACUAGGAGGGAUCUCGUUUCAUCUUGUGGCGUGUGCCUUGUUAGUGCGACGGGAUCCAUCUUCCAAUUCAGCUAAUUCAGACACUGAUCAGUACCAACAAGUGUCGGUUCUCGAUGAAGAAGAAAACGCGCAGGAAGAAGGGGGUGCUCCCAAUCAUACAAGACGCACACAAGAAAAGAGAGAAAAAACGUAUUGCCAGCGCUUGAUAGAGGCGAUGGAUUUCAAAGUGCUUGCCGAUAUAAGGUUUGCUUUGCUUGUUUGUGGCAGGUGCUCAGCCGUGUUUGCAUACAGCGCUUGGCUGGUGUUCAUGGUGCCGUAUGGGAAAUUCCAAGGCCUGAAUGACACUCAGGCGUCGUUCCUGCCUACUGCAUUCGGUAUUGGCAACGUCAUUGGUAAGGCACUGGCACCCCUCUUACAGGAGCUCGGCAUGAAACCGCCCAUGACAUUCUGGGCGUGUUUCGGGGCAGCUCUAAUAAGUGGUUCGUUCGUCGUAAAUGCCUUUAUAAGACCGUUCAUCGGACUGUUAGCCGUUACGGGACUAAUGGGUGUUGGUUACGGGGCGAUGUACCAAGCCAUUGAUGUCAUGAUACGGUUCAUCUCGACAGACGACCGGUUGGUUAGUAUACUAGGCUGGCAGGGAGUCUUUACUGGAGUUGCAGGAGCGCUUGGUGGAUUGGUGUCAGGUUGGAUUUACGAGUGGACGGGGACUUUCUUCAUAUCCUUCUUCGUGUAUGCUGGGCUGGCAUUGCUUUCGAUUCCCUUUUUCAUCAGGCUGUAUAUGCUAAACAGACGAACUGAUACAACCAGGCUUUGAGAUUGAAGUUGCAGCUCGGAUUUUUUUUUUCAAUUCAAUUCAAUAAUGGUUUAUUAAAACGUGCCUCGCAGUUAAAGAACUGAAGUGUACAUGUGAACAUCCGAUUUUUAAAUACAUAUAUAUAUAUAUAUAUAUAUAUAUAUAUAUAUAUGUUUUCUCGGUCA